UGAUUUUUACUAAAACUGAGUUGAACAUAAAAUAAUUUAUGUUUUGAUACAUUCAUAUAAAGGUGAAUUGAACAAAAAAUUUAAGUCUAAAAAUCAAUUUUAGAAUGAUAAGUUACAAUUUUUAGUUUGAGGCGAAAUCAAUUCUAUUUUUUUUUCACCACCCGUAUUCGGCCACUAAACUACCUAAUCUAGUUCGGGAGUCAGCUAUGUGAUCAAGUGGUUCCAGCCCCCUCUCGAUUCCAGUUGCGGGAUCGAACCGUGAUCCUCUCUAUCAAGUCGUGCGUCAAUCAACACUAGAUCAACUAACAAUAAUCAAUUCUAUUUUAGUGAAACCAAAAAUGUAAAAAUCAAUUCUAUACCUCCGGAAUCAAUUUUGGCCACUCUGGAAGUUGAACCAAACAUGUUUUUUGUUGUUUUCACUUGAAACAUCAUACAUACUUAACUUAUGGAAAACAACCAUUAAAAAGGAUUUUGGAAACCUUUGUAACAUGUGUUGAUGAUCAACUUUCUGGAAAGUUAGAAUAACAACUUGUUACUAACAGCACAGUUAUUUCGGUUAUCUUUGGUAUAUCUUAUCUUUCGAAAUGGGUUGUGUGUUAUCAACUAUUGAUGAGGAUGGAAGAGUUGGCAUAUGCAAAGAAAGGAAGAAAGUAAUCAAACAGUUAGUUUGUAAUAGAGAAGAGUUUUCUGAUUCUUUAUUAGCUUAUUUGAAAGCGUUGAGGAACACCGGAGCCACACUUAGGCAGUUCACCGAGUCCGAUACAUUAGAACUGGACUUUGCCUCUACUGGCCUACCUGAUCCUCCACCUUCCCCACCGGCUAAUUUGUUACCGCCACCGCUGCCUCCUUUUCUUGCCGACAAGAGUAUAAUGCAGGGUGGCCAAGAUGACAUACUAGAAAAUGAUGACAGUGACAACUUUGUUCAUAUGCUUCAAAUUGAUCCGAGUAUGAGCUCGUCGCUGCUAUUUCGACCUAUGGAUAAACUAGAUAUAGUAGAGUCGUUUGAAGAGGAGAAUUGGGAAGAAACUAAAACAGAAUUCGAGGAUGAAGUUCAAGACUCGGAAGCUGAUGUAAGUGUUGGAAAAUCACGUAGUGGGAAGCAACCAGUCAGAGUACCGGUUGAUGAUAUCGAUAAUUCUUCUGCUAUUAGUUUGUUUAGAAAAGAAACUCGUGUGACUAAAGCUAUGCAUGUGGUGGUUGGUAGAAGUGGGAAAACGUUGGAGGGUAUAGUUAAAGAGUUGGAUGAUCAUUUCCUGAAAGCUUCGGCAUGUAUAAAGGAAAUUGCUGUUCUUAUUGAUAUCAGCAGCGGAGAUACGCUUCUGCGGCAGAAUUCUGGGCGUCAUCAUAGCAAAAGAAGCAAUUCUGCAAGAGUAUUUAGUGUACUGUCAUGGAGUAGGCAUACUAAGUCCCCAACAUUCAGCAAAGAUGAUGCCGAGUUUUCUAGUCCUAGUGAACCAUGUAGGCCUGGAGCUCAUUGUGCCACGCUUAAAAAGUUAUAUGCUGCAGAGAAGAAACUUUACAAGGCAGUAAAGGAGGAGGGAAUUACCAAAUUGGAGUUUGAGAGGAAGUCGUCGUUAUUGCAAAAACAAGAGGAUGAGAACCUUGACUUGGUCAAAAUUGAUAAAAUUCGAUCAAAUGUUGAGAAGUUGGAGUCUGAUUUAUUAAGCUUACGGCAAUGCAUCACUGAAACAACUUCAUCAAUUUUGGAACUUAUAGAUGGAGAGCUUUUACCACAGUUGGUUGCAUUAACUGCCGGGUUGUCACAAAUGUGGAAGAUAAUGCAUGAGUGUCAUCAGUCCCAGGCACUGAUCUCGCAGCAGUUGAGUAACCUCGGUGAUAAUCAUAACACAAUUCUAAAUUCUGAAUAUCAUCACCAGGCUACAAUUCAGUUCGAGAGUGAGGCCUCUUAUUGGUAUCAUAGCUUCUGUAAACUUGUAAAAUCUCAACGAGAGUACGUAAGGACCCUCAGUAAAUGGAUUCAGCUUACGAACUGCCUCAGGGACGGUCAUGAAAGCAGUGAUCACUCUUCUAUUCGCACAAUUUGUGAACAGUGGGAGCUUGGCCUUGAUGGAUUACCUGAUAAGGAGGUUGCCGAUGCAAUAAAAAACCUUUUGUCAUCCAUCCGUUCUAUAAUAGCUCAACAGGUCGAGGAAGAUAAUAUUCUGAAAAAGUUGGAAAAACUUGAAAGAAAGUCGCAGAGGUGCUUGACGUCCCUGGCUGAGAUGCAGAAAAAAAUUGAAUGGAACUUCGAAGAUGACGAAGAUGCAGCUAACAUAAGCCCCAGGCAUCCGCUUUUUCAUAAAAAAGCCGAAACAGAAGCCUUAAAGAAGCAAGUGGAAAGUGUGAGAGCAGAUUAUUUGGAUUCUGUUCAGUAUAGUAGGACCAUGACCCUUGAUAACCUCAGAACUAGACUUCCUCAUCUCUUCGUGUCACUGAUGGAAUUUUCAAGUGCUUCCUCUCAAGCAAUUGAGACUAUUAAUUCUCUCGGUCAAGUCAAUAGAAUGCUGUGAUCUUGCAUCACAAAACAUGUUCACUUUGUGGUUGGUUUGGAUGGUAGUCAGCUUGUGCUUCAUGCUGCUAUGAGCACAAAAUACAUGGUUUAAAUUUUGUUUCUAAAUGUUUGUAUACUGAGAGUGAUAACUUUUUUGUUUUCUUGGUAGAGUAUGUAUGAGUAAGGAAAAGAGUGGUAAUCAAUUUUUUUUGUUUGAAUAAAAAAAAAUUUAAAAAUUCAA